AUGGUGAAUGAAAAGGUGUGGGGUGAUAAACCCGAUGUCUUUAGACAACCAUACAGGUGGUUGAGAUAUCAUGCACAUGUUAAUCCAGCAUUAUUUGUUUCUGUUGCCUUGGGUGCGGCAGCACCUGUGUUGCUAACCUUGGUGCUUCCACUUAGAAAAAGUUUGCUUUACUCAGAUCACGAGCCUAUACCAUGGGUAUACCCAUUGCCUCAGAGGCCAAGGGAUAAGAACUUGAAGGGAUACGAUGAUUAA